AUGCUGGUAGCGUGCAGGAAGAGGGUUAUCGCUAAUAUGUGGCUUCUGAAGGUCUGAUUGGCCAUAAACACCUCCCGGCCAGGCCCAAGUCCUACAGGGUGCCCAAGUCACUGGAAAGACAAGACCCGAGCUGUGCGACGGGGUCACAGAUCCCCGUGUCUAGCUCCCUGGUCUGGCUGCACCCCGUUACCACCGGCUCCAGGAGGCUCCCAGAUUUGCUAGCGGUGCAGGAUGGCCCGGCCCCUGGAGCGGGCUCUGGACACGAUGGUCUCCACGUUCCACAAGUACUCUGGGAAGGAAGGCGAUAAAUUCAAACUCAACAAGGCUGAGCUCAAGGAGCUGGUCACGAAGGAGCUGCCCAGCUACAUCAGCAAACAAACGGAUGAAGCCAGCUUCCAACGGCUCAUGAACAACCUGGACAGCAACCGGGACAAGGAAGUGGAUUUCCAGGAGUACGCGACCUUCCUGGCCUGCGUCGCCAUGAUGUGCAAUGAGGACUUCCAGGACUUCCCUGACAAGAUGCCACGGAAGAUGUGAAGCCUGGCCCUGGAUGGCAGCGGGGAACAGACACCCAGAAACUCAGCUCCGGGGGCAAUAUCUGGGUUGCCUCCCUGCCGUUCCCUGCUGAUAGCGCCCGUCCCCUCCCACGGCCCCUGCAUUAGGAGUCUGGUGUGCUUUCAAUAAAGGCUGCUUUAAAGAC